CUAACGCGUGAACCCACAAACAUAAGUAAUUAUUCUUUGUGCACAUAGCACUAGCGCAAUGCGAUACUAACGAGGAAACCUUGCAGACGCGGCGGUCAAAGUCAUCCAGAUGUCGCACGUCACCACCUCUUCUGACCCUCUCAGUGUGGAGGUCGCUGAGUUGCUUCAGCGCACGGACACAAUGCUCAGCGGCUCUUCGGCUGCCGGCCGGGCGUUAUCUGAGAACGGCCGCAGUUUCGGCCCCAGCGCGGGGCCCGGCUCCGUGAGCAGGGGCCUGGGCCGUACCACCUCAAUGCGCUCAGUCGGCGGCGCCAUGGGCGGCGGGACCUCGGCGGUGGGCGGGACCGGCGGCGGCGACGCCUUAUCGGAGGCGGCGAGCCGCAUGCGCAGCUCCUACGAUGUCGCGCGCAGCAAGCUAUCUCUGUUCAAAAAGACGGCCAGCUUCAAGGAGCCGCUGUCGGUGGAUAUCCCGUCGGGCCACCCAGACGCGCCGACACCGCGGUUCAGCCCCCUGAGCCCGAGCCGCGGCGGCGGCGGCGGCAGCGUGGCCCUGACCGACCCCAGCAUUGAGCGCAUCCUGGACCGCAGCGCCUCCAUGUCGCUGUUCUCGCCGCACCGCGCCGGCGGCACCAUCAGUGGUGGCGGCGGCGACCGAACCUACAACAGUUUCGCAGGGCUGCAAGACAUGGUAUCGAUGGUGGAUGAGAUGGUGGCCACGGCGCCAACCAGCCCCAAACCGCUGGGCGCCUUCGGCGGCGCCGGCCUGGGCCGCACCGCGGGCAGGCUGGGCUUGGGUGGCGGUGCGGGCUCGUCCAUUGGCGGUGGCGCCAGCAAAGGGUCGGGCGUGGGCUUGUCGUCAGACGGCCUCAGGUCGCCCGGCAUUGGGCUGCGGCCCUUCAGCCGCUUCGGCGGCUCCGCCUCGCCCUCACCGCGCUCACCGCUGCGGAAGAGCCCCGGCCUGGGCGGCGCACCUGUGCCGGCCGCGUCGCCCGGCAGCAAGGGCGGCUCGUCGCGGCGGGCGCAGCUGCUGGGCCUACUUGGGAAAGACCUCGCGGCGCCCUAUGAGGUCGUCAAGUUCAAGACAGACGUGGGCGCGCAGGGGACCCGGCCGCCCGCCAAUCUGGCGGCCUUGGCCGGCAACCUGCAGGAGAAGUUUGACCGGGUCAACCGCAAGCUGAAGAACUGGGAGCUGGUAGAAACGGCGGCCUCGGAGCGCUUUAACAACGCGAUGGAUGCUGCCUUGGACGCACUGUUUGCCCGAGUCAACCUGGGGUGGCCAGCAAGUGAGGGCGGCGCCGGCGCGCCCACACCAGCAGCCACGUCGACCGCAGCAGCAGCGAGGCCCUCGUCGCGGGCCGCAUCGGCCAGCAAGGCCACUCGGCCCAGGUCAGCGCCGCGGCAGAGGACCGGGGAUGCGGACCCGGACGUGCGUGUGACGGUGGGGCACGGCCGCCGCCGCAGCGGCGGCGGCAGCGGCAGCAGCGCCCGGGACCGGCAGCAGGCGGCGCGUUAUGCGGACCCUGACAUAGAGACGCCCUCAUCCACCACCACAACGUCCUCGUCCGACGCUCCACGGCACCGCGGCAACAAUGAGGGUUGGGAGAAUGAGGAUGGGGCGGAAGAGACGGCGACCAGCUCGGGAUCGGCGGAUUCGGGGUUGGAUUCGGAUACGGAGGAGCUGAAGGACAGCAGCCGGCGGGGCGGCGGCGGUGGCAAGCCGCGCAAGGCAGACAGCCGACACGCCGACCGGCGCCGACACGAGCGCAGCGGCAGUGCGGCCAAGGCCGAGCGGAGGCGGACCCAAGGCACAGGUGCGGCCGGUGGCGGCCGCAGCCCGGGUGCCGCGGCCCAGCCCCAGCAGCACCAACAGCACACGCAACAGCAGCAGCAGCAGCAGUACUUACCCAGUGCUCCUGGCCUUGCCACCAGCUGCCCGCCUCGUCGCCGGUGGGCAUGGGCACCGGCAUGCUGCUACAGCCGCCCGCAUCGCCGCGGCCGCCCGUGGGAUCCCUCAUGGCGGGCGGGCCGCCGCUGACGCAUAUGCGCAGCGCCCCGCCUCA